UCAACAUGGCGUGUCCCAUCACCGUCUCCAAGUUUGUGGGAACUGUCUCCCUCGGCCUGCUCACGGGCAUCUCGUACUCGGCCUCGACGAUCGCCAUCCCCGCGCUGGCUCAGCUCCCGACCUCGGCGACCGGCUCGCGGUCGCUGAGCGAGAUCAAACGCCUGAACCGCAAGCACGGCAUGCGGCUCACCAACAUCGCCAACGGGUGCCUCCUGUUCGCCUACAGCAUCUCCCCGCGCCACCGCAAACACCCGUACCUGAUCUGGAUGUGCGUGGCCUCGACCAUCGGCACCUACGGCAUGGACUUCUGGUUCCACCGCCAGGCGGGCGUCAAGGCGUGGUUCCAGGCGGUCCUGCACGACACCGGGUUCUGGACCCAAGCCGCGGCUCUCAAGCAGCAGGAGGAUCUGGUGGUGGUCGAGGCGGAGGAGAACGGCGAGAGCGUGCGGACGGAGAUGAACACGGAGCGGCGGCUGCAGCAGGUGCGGGCGGUGUUCUCGGGACUGGCAUUGGCGAUGGGUAUCGUUGGCCUCUGGGGUGAUCGUCGGUCUUGAAUGGUGGGUGGUCCGACUUCGUCCGGGGUGCUUCAUCCCUUUAAAGAGGGUGGAUCGUAUAACUUGCGCUGCAACGACUCCUCUCUGUUCUUGGUUCUUGGCGUGUUUCUUAGUUCGUUGUUGCGUGGGUAGUGGUGUGUGCGUGGCGCUUCUAAUGACGUUAUCGAUGUAUGUAUAAAACUGAAACUGGGUAUGGAGUCAUAGGUUGAAUUGGAUUUGGUAGUUGGUCA